UGAGUUUGGUGGUGUGGACAACACAGCUUGGUUUCUGGGACUGCUAUGAUGUUCAGGUUCUCUUGGAUUUGCCUCCUCUUGGUGCAUGGCAUCUGCUCUCAGCAGCUACACCAAGGGAUGGGCUUUCCCCAAGGUUUUGGGUUUCUGGGCUCCAUGAAGGCAAUGAGUGAUCUUGAUGCAACUAAGAGUGGAGCUAAUCCAAGUACCAGUGAACCUGUAACGGGCAAUGUUGGUGGAGCUAAAGGAUCCACCACUUCCACUCAAGACAUGGUACAGAUGCCAGGACACUCAAAUGGGGGCCCAGGUAUCCCAUGGAUGGCAGUUCCCAUGCUUCAAACAGGCUUCUAUGGCAUGCACCAGGCAGGCCAGCAGGGGGCUUCAUCUGGCGCUACUGGUGGGGGUCAGAAAACUCAGUCUGUCAGCCAGACAGUCCAGGCCCCGGCAAUGAUGAGUCAGGUGACUAUGCAAAUGCCAAAGCAGCAGACCCAGGCCCCAACCCAGAUGUCCCAGGCGCCUGUUCAGAUGUCUCAACAGCAAGUCCAAAUGCCCCAGGCUGCAGCACCCCAACAGCAGGCUAAGGUGCCCCAAAGCAGCUCCUCUUCAGUUCCCAUGCUUCCAACAGGCUUCUAUGGCAUGCACCAGGCAAGCCAGCAGGGGGCUUCAUCUGGCGCUACUGGUGGGGGUCAAAAAACUCAGUCUGUCAGCCAGGCAGUCCAGGUCCCAGCAAUGAUGGCCCAGGUGGCCAUGCAGAUGCCAAAGCAGCAGGCCCAACCCCCAGCCCAGAUGUCCCAGGCCCCUGUUCAGAUGUCUCAACAGCAAGUUAAAAUGCCCCCGGCUCCAGCUCCCCAACAGCAAGUCCAAAUGUUCCAGGCUGCAUCACCCCAACAGCAUGGUAAGGUGCCCCAAGGCAGCUCCUCCACAGCGUCUGCUUCCACUGGGAGUAGCUCAUCAGGUAUGGCCCAGAUGUACCAGGUCCUUGCUCAGAUGGCCCAACAGCAAGCCCAGGCCCAGAUGCAGGCUGCAGCUCAGAUUGCACAACAGCAAGCUCAGGCCGCAGCUCAAAUGGCCCAGGCGCCAGUCCAGAUGACCCAACAACAAGCCCAGGCGCCAGUCCAGAUGUCCCAGGCGCCAGUCCAGAUGUCCCAGGCGCCAGUCCAGAUGUCCCAGGCGCCAGUCCAGAUGGCCCAGGCGCCAGUCCAGAUGGCCCAGGCUUCAGCUCACCAACAGCAGGCUAAGGUGCCACAGGCUGCAGCUUCUGUGAGUUCAGGCCCUACUGGUUCCACAGGUGCAGCAUCCCCUUCAGCUGGGGCUGAGGCUGCCUCAUCAAGCCAAGAUCGCUUUAUCACUCUAACCGCACCAUCAGGCUUCCAAACCACUUAUGUUGUGCGGUCUUUCCAUCGCUACUCGCGAGGCAAGAGGGUCUUUUCCCAAACCACCUACAUCCCCCUGGACUUCCCUCCUCCUAUUGAGACUGCUGAUCCUGAACAGAAGACCCAGGAUGGAAGAGAGCCUGAUGCUCCUGCACCAGCUGAUGCGAAAGGCCAGGCUGUACUCCCUGCAAGGAAGGGAUGAGUCGCUGUUCCCCAAGCUCGGGAGUGCAAUUUGUAUGGAUAAGUGCAUUGAAUUGAAUAAAUGGGCAAUUUUAAAUA